AUGCCGCGAAUUAUGCGGCGUGAGGAUGCAUAUUUGAUUGAAUCUGCCACUGCACUCAAGGCCCUCUGCCAAGAUGAAGCAAGCAGCCUCUUGAAGAGCAAUGGUUCCUCUGCCCCCACUGAGUCUCGCGAGAGCAUCGCCGCCGCCGAGCAAAAACUUUAUGCUAGCCUGUAUCGCACCACAGCGCUGUUAGCUCAGCCCCGCGGCUUCCUCUUCCAGCUAGCAUCGCAUGUUCAGCUUCUUGCCUGUCUCAAAUGGCUGGGGGAGUUCCAGGUGCUCGCCUGCGUACCUGUGAAUGGCUGCAUCUCCGUCAGAGAACUCUCAGCUCUCGCCGAUGCUCCAGAGCACAUACUCUGCCGCGUGGUGAGGUUGACGGCGACUGCUGGUUUCCUACACGAAUCUGAGCGUCUCUGCGUUGCGCACACGGCCUUUUCCGCGGCAUACACAGAAGACCUCUCCUCAUCUGAUGCUGCCAUGUUCCUUGCAAAGCAGAUUGCCCCCGCGGCGCUGCAGUUCAUGGCGGCAUCACAUCAGUGCACCGGUGCAUCGAUGACACAGUCUGUCCCAACUUGGAACCCCACAGGCUACAAUUUUGCAGCAGUUCAGGAUCCUUUUGCGAAGGAGCCUCAAGCAGCUCGUCAAUGGGCAGCUUACUGCAGAAGUGUCAGCCCAAUGGACGACUACCUUGCGACAGUCUUGACGGACAAGGGUCAUGCGAGCAUCGAUCUCGUUCCUCUCCUGGGCCAAUUGGAAUGGCCAACCACCGGAAUCACAUCAAUCAUUCAGGUCUGCACUGCGUACAACGAGACAUCGGCGUCACUGGCCAAAAUGUCACCCGAUACGCAAAUAGUGGUGCAAACUUAUGAAACGCCAUCACUAGACUCUUGCAUGACCACAACUUCAAAUCCUGCAGAGCCUUCUUGGCGUCGUAUCGACAGGUACAUGCGACAACCCAACACGCCACAGCAAGUCAAGAAUGCCACAGCAUACAUAUUGCAGCCUGAAAUUUCCCGGGACGAAUUGGAGUCUUUACAUCUUCUGGCCUGUGAGCUAAAGGCACAUCUCGACUGCCUUCGAAUCAACCCUACAGCGUUUUUGAUUGUUGCCCCGCGACUACUGCCACAGCCUGGCUCCGUCGCCGUGCAAGUCGAGGCUGGAGCACGAUUGCGGGACUUUGCAUGUGUGCAGCUCAACAAUCAGUGCGCUCUUGAAGUUGACGAAUUGGCUGCUUUGAUCGAUAGUACUGCCAAUCUUUACGGCAGGCCUGUGGUGAUUACUCAUAUGCGAGACCAGACUGGUGCUACGGUGGCUUUGGCCGUCAAGUUCGACUCACUUCAGAGUGGGUAG